AUGGGCUCCGCAUACCUAGAAAACACAUGGACUCGCUCCGUGGCCUCGCUCGUUCGGCCUUCGAGAAACAACCUCCGGGACGACUCCCCCACCGAUCCGGCACUGCUCGCCAACAACACCAGCAAGCAGCCCACUCAGGAGAAUCACGACUCCGCCACCGAGCCCGGCACGAUCAAGUACGGCUUCGGCAUCCACGUCGGCAGAGACGGCCUCGAGCAUCUGGGCAUCGACCGCGUGCGCCGCGGCGGCGACCGCAGUGGCCGCGAACUCGUCAUUUACGAAGAACAAGCGAAGAAGAAGCGCAAGAGCUGGACAGACCAAGUUUGA